AUGAGUUCUCGACGUGUAUCACUACCUGUGUCGUUUGGAACACAUUUAGCUCCAUCGCCAACGUUCUCGCCUCAACUUCAACCACCAAUCGCUUCGCCCACAUCAUCUGGACGACGAUCGCUACCGACAACUCCGCAAUCACUUCGUCGUCUUCCGAUUGUUCCUCGAUCUCCAGCAUCGCCCAGACCAUUCAGUCCUCGUCUUCCUGAUUUAGAUGAACGUUUUCCUACAUGCUCCAGCAGUUCCAGUUCUGAUACCUCUCCACGCCAUUUGAGACGUAAAAGGAUAACGUGUCCCAGAUAUCAAUACUCUCUUCGAGACAGUGGCUAUAUGGAACAUAAGGAAGAAGAUGACGAGCUUUCGAAUAUUGACCAAGAGGGCACAUUACGGAGUUUUGCGUACAAGAAUGGAGCUGUCAUAGAUCAUGGUUAUCAGGUUAAGUCAUCAAAUAAGAAUACAUACAAAAGAAAAGACACAAGGCGAUCGACAUGUCCUGAGAUUUGGCUUAUGCCAGAAGCUGAAGAAACAAAGCCUUCCAAACGAAUUGUUGUAAGAAUCUAUGGAAGUAAAAGCACAGGCAAAAAGACAUUAGCUCAUAAUAUAUAUCAUCACGCAACGACAACUACUCAAGAACAAAUUGUUAUUUUAUCCAGUGAGAACACUAAAGAAGUCGGAUGUUCACGUUAUAUCAGCUUUCUCCUCAAUGGUGAAGAGGUCCAAUUGGAAAUUUUACAAGAAUCCGCACUAGAGUGCUCACCCUUUGGAGCUCAUCUGACGAUGUAUUUGGUUGUUUAUAACAUUGACAGCCGAGAAUCCUUUCUAAAUGCCGCUCAAUUACUAAAUAGAAUUCAUCAGACAAAUACUUCGAAGGUUGCUCGAGUCCUACUGGUGGCAAAUAAAGUUGAUUUAAAACGAAAUCAAGUUGUAUCAUCCAUAGAAGGCAAAUCAUUAGCGAAAAUAUACAAAUGUAGCUUCGUGGAAGUUUCUGCUCUACUCAUCGUUAACAUUGAUGGUUUAUGGAGUGAUAUAAUCAAGCAACUCGAGCAUCCCGGAGAGACGACAUGGAUGGAGAGAAUCGUCAAUCGAGGAAAGACAUUUGCAAAGUCUUGUGAAGAAAUCGUUCAGAAGUUGAUUGUGACAUGA